GAGAAUAAUGAAAAUUUAGGCCAUAAUGGCCUUCCAAAUCAACACCAAGAAAAACUAAUUAAAAUAUAUAAUCAUCUUUUAUUUCGGAAAUCAUUUUUCUUUUUGCCACCCCUCAAAAAAAGUCAUUUCAUUUCAUCUCACGUCUUUUCCUGAGGGGGACGGAGAAUGGUAAAAAUGUAUCUUCUUCCCAGAAUUUACCUGGUUUUUUUCACUGCGAUAAUCAUCGUGUUUUACUCCAACACGAGAUUCGCAGAUUCAUCAACACCGGAAAAGACGACAAGGCCCCCAGGGCGGCUUUCCAAGUUAAUAAAACACGAUCUUUCUCGAUACAAUGGGAUAUCUCAAAGGGUAAAGAAGAGUUUAUUAAUGAACAAAACUCGACCAUCAUUACCCAGAAGUUUAUUCGAAGAAGACGAUGUUCCUAUGGAAGAAAGAGAAGCGCCAUUGAAAAGUAAGAUACAAGGUUCGGUAAAGCUACCAAUGUAUGCGGCGGCGCAAUACGAGAUGGGUGAGUAUGUGGUGGAUAUCGACGUCGGAAGUCCGCCGACGAAGCUGAGAUUGGUGGUUGAUACGGGGAGUGAUCUUACAUGGGUUAAGUGUAGGAAUGGAAACUAUAAAUGGCUUACCGACAAACAACAACAAGAACAAAAUGUUAAUAAGUCUUUAUCGUAUAAAGCUGUUACUUGCAAAUCUGACAAUUGCGUUAUAGAUUUCCCUUCACUUUCUGCUCUUGAUAUUUGCCCUAAUGACAAUGCUCCUUGCCUUUAUAAUUACAGUUAUGGCGAUUACGGUUUAUGGACGUAUGGAGAAUUCGGGUCAGAACUGGCAACCCUACCCACAACAACAGGAAAAUCAGUAGUACUACCAGACUUAUUAGUCGGAUGCUCCGAAUCAUUUACCGACAACGACACAAUGAAGCACGCAGAUGGUGUACUUGGAUUAGGUAUCAACCCGUUUUCCUUCUCACUCAAAGCCGUAAAAGAGUUUGGUGGAUCUUUCUCCUAUUGUUUAGUAGACCAUCUUAGCCCAACCAAUGUAACCAACUAUCUCAUAUUCGGAGAUGCAAAAGAAAAAGCUCCGACCCAAGAGUUCAUGAGAUACACUGCACUUUUACCCAUCGAAACCGCCCCGUAUUACUGGGUCAGCAUAAAGGGUGUUAGCAUGAACAACAAGAUGCUCGAUAUUAAACCCGUUGUUUGGAACCGUGAUAGUGAUGGUGGUACUAUACUUGAUUCGGGUACUGCUGCUACUUACUGGGGCGGACCCGCUUACCGAGCUAUUAUGGAUGUUCUUAUACCCGCUCUUGAAAAGGAUCACCCGAAGAUAACGGAUUUUGAUGGAGAUGGUAAGCUUGAUUUUGAGUAUUGCUUUAACUCCACAGCUACACCGUUUAACCCGAAAAUGGUACCAAGGUUAGAGAUCCAUUUUACUGAUGGGGCAAGGUUUAAACCACUUGUUAAGAGUUAUAUUGUGGAUGAUGGUCCACAUGUUAGUUGUAUAGGGUUUCUUGAAGCACCUACUGGUUUAAAUGUUAUUGGUAAUAUCUUGCAACAAAACUAUUUGUGGGAGUUCGAUCUUCACCAACAUACUAUAGGAUUUGUUUCUUCCACUUGUGGUUAAUUUUAUUUUAUUUUUUUAUGCAUCUAGCUGCAACCGGUUGUACCAUAUUUAAGUACUUUUUUAUUUGUCUGUGUGCUUGGUCUUAUGACCGAGUAUAUGCAUGUGUUUGGAAAUAGUGUUGAUUGUACCUAGAAAGGUGUUUCCGGUUGUACUACAAUGAAAAUUUCUUAAAAAGUUUUGUGAGUUCAAAUUGUUA